AUGACUGCUAUCCGGCUGAGAGAAUUUGUUGACAAGCGUCCAACGACUUUACCAAGUAUAUUUAUUCCUCGUCAAGGAAAGGAUGUUAAAGGCUACGUAUAUGGACAGCUAGCAAGAAUUCAUCUUGAUUACAGCAGACAGGGAUCUCCCAGAUAUGACAUAGACUUGUCAACUCCAGCCCCAAGAACUACUCAGUAUCAACCUGAAUUUGACCAACAGACUCUCAUUCGAUAUAUUUGCUUUCGAAGAUAUUCGAUGCCUGUCGAACCAUGGUAUAAAGAAACCACUUACCAAAGAAAUUAUUCUCUGCCAUUUUAUACAUUUGGGAGAAUGCCUGGGAUUAUGAUGAAAGUAGAGAGUUGUGUACAUGUCUGGGUUCAGGAAGAAGCAGGGGAGACAAAAUUGCAGAGUCAAUGUAAUUCCACGGCACACUGUAAUGUGUGA